AUGGAUAAGGAAAUCAUGACUAUAGAAAAGAUGAGGAGCUAUGAGGGUUCAACAGAUUCAGAAGAAAGUGCCAAUAGCUCUACCAAUGAGUUAGAUAGUUCUCAACUUCUGCCCCAAGAAACCACCAUACCAUCGAACCAAUGGCUGAUAGGUGGUGCCUUAGGAUCGAGAACCGCAACUUUGGUGUUUAAAAGCUCGGCCUUAGCUAAUACGACCAUAAAGGAAAUUCAAGAUAAGCCUGGACACAAACUCCAUGUAACUUACAAGGUACUUCAAGCCGAAACAAAACUUCUAACAAAACUCCUGGAUUGUCACGGUAUCACUGAAGUUGCACCAAACUCGUCAGAUUUUAAUUUAUUAUGGACUUGCUAUCAUCCUAAACCAGGUACUCUGAGGUCUCUAGCUCCCCACCAACGCGUCAACCAUUUUCCCCGUUCCUACGAGUUGACAAGAAAAGAUCGUCUUUACAAAAACAUCGAGCGAAUGCAACACCUAAAGGGCCUUAAACAUUUCGAUUUUAUACCACAAACUUUUGUCAUUCCCACAGAGCAUAAGAAAUUGUGCUCUACGCAUUAUAGAGUCAAAGGUCCUUGGAUUGUCAAGCCUGUGGCUUCAAGUAGAGGAAGAGGCAUUUUUAUUGUUGAGACUCCCAAUCAAGUACCUAUGGACGAAACAGUGGUCGUGGCCAAAUAUAUUUCUAAUCCGUUUUUGAUAUUGGGACACAAAUGUGAUUUGAGGCUCUACGUCGUAGUUACUAGUUUUGAUCCAUUAAAUAUUUAUAUUUAUGAAGAAGGUUUAGUAAGAUUUGCAACUGUUAAAUACGAUUCUAGUCAUAAACAGCUGUGGAACCCCUGCAUGCACCUGUGUAACUAUAGUAUUAACAAAUAUCAUAGUGAUUAUAUUAAGUCUGAUGAUCCCAGUGCCGAAAACGUCGGUCACAAGUGGACGUUGAGCGCCCUCUUGAGACACCUAAAAUCCAAAGGUAAAGACACUGCCCGCCUUAUGUCACAAAUCGAAGACAUUGUUAUUAAAGCCGUUUUAGCUUGUGGCAAUACAAUCCUUACUGCUUCUAGGAUGUUUGUGCCUCACGCGAAUAACUGUUUUGAGCUCUUUGGUUUUGAUAUUCUACUAGAUGCUAACCUCAAACCAUGGUUAUUGGAAGUCAAUUCAUCGCCCUCAUUAAACUGUGAUAGUGUCUUAGAUGUUCGCCUAAAAUCGGCCAUGUUGUCAGAUCUAUUGACACUAGUGGGAAUCCCUGCCGUCGAUCCCAUUCUACGGCCUACUGGCACAAGGAAUUUAAAAAGAUCCAGCUUAAAUUUGAAAAUGAAACUUUGUAAUUGUCGCAGUAGCACUUUACCAAAAAAAAAGCCUUCCGUAACAACUCAAAGAAAUUCAACAGCCUCUUUGCAACCAACUGUCGAAGAAACCCGAGUAAUUAGAAACGCGCAGGCGCAAUUCAAAAGACGGGGUGGUUUUGUCAGGAUCUUUCCUGCUGCAGAUAGUUGGGCCAAGUAUGCUCAAUAUUUAGAACCCCUCAACAGGCAUUCCUAUUUCUGGCAUAGUGUCGUCAAACUACAAUGUCGCCACUUUGCACAAUUAUAA